AGGGCUGUUCAAGAAGACUUUCCCAAUGCCUUUUGUAACGAUUGUUGUAGAAGAACGCGAAGAUUUGCUUUCACCAAACUUUUAUACAUUGGAAUCUAUACGACAAGCGAAGAAAGAUGGCUGCAAUGUGUACUUAAUUAUUUUAGCCAACGGUUUACAAGCUACUAGACUACUUACUUUUGGGGAUAGAUACCGUCUGCUUGACACGAGAGCCAUGUACAUAAUGCUCCACGACAUACGACUAUUUCACAGCGACUUCCACUAUCUUUGGAAGCGAAUAGUCAACGUUAUUUUCAUAAAGCACCAUAAAAAGGUCAUUGGAAAACUCAAAAGCAAAGCCUGGUUCGAUCUAUCUACCAUACCUUUCCCGAAUCCAAUAAAAGAGGUUUUUAUAUCUCAAAGGGUGGAUAUUUGGAGGAAUGGUAGGUUUCACUAUGGAAGAGACUUGUUUGUUGAUAAAACAAGCAAUCUAAAUGGUGAGGUUUUAAAGGUGGUGUAUUUGGAACACGUUCCUUCUGUUACGGUUAUGAAAACGAAUGAGACAAAUAAAGUCAGCGGUGUUGAGGUAGAAAUCCUCAACACACUCUCCCAAAAGAUGAAUUUCAAACCAAAAUUAUACCAAGCGAUCAACGCAGAGCUGCAUAAAUGGGGUGAAAAGCAGGCCAAUGGUUCUUUUUCUGGUCUUCUCGGUGAAAUAGUGAAUGGUAAAGCGGAUUUAGCGCUUGGCAAUCUGCAGUACACACCGUACCAUUUGGAUUUAACGGAUCUAAGUAUUCCAUACACAUCGCAGUGUUGGACGUUCCUUACGCCUGAAGCGCUGACUGAUAAUUCGUGGAAAACGCUUAUCUUGCCUUUUAAAUUGUACAUGUGGGUCGCCGUCCUUCUGGUGCUGUUGGUGACAGGAUCGAUUUUCUACGGAUUAGCCUAUUAUUACUUGGAUUUGUUAGAUUACAAGGAACUAUCAAGAAAUUCAGACAAGAAAGAAAAUCUUAGUGAUGCAAAACCAGUCGGCUUAUACUUGUUCGGCGAAAUUACAAAUAGUAUUCUAUAUACUUAUGGAAUGUUACUUGUCGUUUCCCUGCCUAAGCUGCCAACGGGCUGGUCGAUACGGCUUUUGACUGGAUGGUACUGGCUAUACUGUAUCUUAUUAGUAGUAUCAUACAGAGCGAGUAUGACGGCCAUUCUAGCCAACCCAGCACCUAGGGUCACUAUAGAUACGCUAAAAGAACUAGUCGAUAGCAAGCUCACAUGUGGGGGCUGGGGAAGCGAAACAAAGAACUUCUUCCAACAAUCCUUAGACGAGAAAGGACAGAAAAUUGGAGAGAAAUUCGAAAGCAUUAACGAUCCUGAGGAAGCCGCUGAAAGAAUCGCAAAAGGCGUUUUCGCAUACUACGAUAGCGCCAAUUUCCUUAAAUAUCUUAGUGUUAAGCGGAAAAAUGCGAAAAUGGAAAGGAAUCUUCAUAUAAUGUCCGAUUGCGUGGUUAACACGCCUAUCUCUAUAGGGUUUCAUAAGAAUUCACCUUUGAAGCCUCUAGCCGAUGUCUAUUUACGUCGAAUUGUUGAAGUGGGGCUGGUGGAGAAAUGGUUAAAUGAUGCCAUGUACAAAAUAAGAUCUUUAGACACCAGUGAGGAAGAAAUCAAAGCUUUAAUAAAUUUGAAAAAAUUGUACUGUGCCUUCAUUGCUUUGGCCAUUGGUUAUUCAGUGAGCUUUUUAUGCCUUAUAGGUGAAUUCAUACAUUGGAAUUUUAUUGUAAAAAAAGACCCUCAGUUUGAUAAAUACUAUUUAGAUGAAUAUUACAAGGCCAAGAAUAAAAAGCAUUGAUUUGUAAAUCUAAUUUAUUAUUAAAAUUAUUUUACAUGAUUGUUUAGAAAUAAAUAUUUUGUCAGUCAUUUUUAAGUCUUUUUCCAAACAUAAGUGGCACCAUAGAACUUAGAGGAAUGUAUUAACUAAUGUCAUUACAAAAUAUACUAUUUAACUGAGUA